AUUAUUAAAAAAAAAAAACCAGUUGUAACUUUUUCUUUUUUUUUUAUAUAACAACUCUUUUCUGUUUUUAACGUAUAUAAAAAGGCCAUUCCUCCUUUUUUUUUUUUUUUUUUACUGUCAAUAUAUAAAACUUUUAAAACCAAAUAAGAAAAAAAAACAAUCAAAACAUGUCUUACGGUUGGAAUAGAGACCAAGCUGCUCCCCCUCCACCUUCUGCAGCUGAUCUUGCUAGUUCUUUUUUAAAUUCGGUGGGUCAAGAACUUCAUGGAUCCAAUGAAAACCCUUACGGACACGAAUCUCAAGGUCGAUAUGGUGAGGAAAUAGGUUAUCAUGGAGGUAAUGAAGACUUCCGUAGAAGAGAAACUGGUAGCUCUGGUGGAAAUAUGGAAAGAGGUGGUGGUGGAGGAGGAGAUAGACGCCAUAGUAGUAGAGAUCGUUACCACGACAGAUCACGCGACAACAGAGAUGGUGGUAGUCGACGUAGAAGAUCUCGAGAUAGACGUGAACGUUCUCCACGCGGUGAUCGUCAUCAUGGUAGAAGUCGUGAUGAUCGUGACUAUCGUCGAUCACGCAGAAGAAGUCCUAGUCCUCGUCGCACGAGUAGAAGACGUAGCCCCAGUAACGCUGCUAAUGCUCCUUCCUCAUCCAGCUCCCGUCGUCGCGACGAUGAAAACGUCAUUCCUUUAAGCAAAAGAGAACGAAAGCUUCAUAACUGGGAUAUGGCCCCCGCUGGUAUGGAAGGUAUGUCCGCCGAACAAGUCAAGUCCACUGGCUUAUUUCCUUUACCUGGUCAAGUCGUUGGUACACGUACUCCUCAAUCGUUCCAACCUCCUCCCGAUCAUGCUACCAUGCAAGACGGAUCGCGCAUUCGCGUCACCCAAGGUGCUGCUGGCCCUGUCGCCUUAAACGCUACUUUAGCCAGACAAGCAAAACGUUUAUAUGUAGGUCAAAUUCCUUUUGGUAUCGAAGAGAAGCCCAUGGCUGACUUUUUCAAUGCUACCAUGGAACAACUUCAUUUACCGGAUACAACACCUGUUUUAGCUGUUCAAAUCAAUCAUGAUAAGAAUUACGCCUUUGUUGAAUUCCAAACUGCUGAACAAGCUACCUCUGCCAUGGCCAUUGACGGUGUCAUGUUCCAAGGUCAACAGUUAAAGAUCCGUAGACCUAAAGAUUAUCAACCUCCUAUCAAUGGUGAAUAUAUCGAUUUACCUAGCCAAUUACCUGGACUUGUAUCGACUAAUGUCCCCGACACACCCAACAAAAUCUUUAUUGGUGGUCUCCCCGUGUACUUGAACGAUGAUCAGGUAGUGGAGUUAUUAAAAUCCUUUGGUGAAUUACGUGCUUUCAAUCUCGUCAAGGAUCCCAUCACAGGUGCUAAUAAGGGAUUUGCCUUUUGUGAGUAUGCAGACCCCGCUGUGACAGAUUUGGCCUGUCAAGGUUUGAACAAUAUGGAAUUGGGUGAUCGUAAAUUAGUCGUUCAACGUGCUAGUGUGGGUGCCAAACAUGGUUUACUCCCUGUGGAAUAUACCGGUGAAUUACCUUUAAAUAUCGCUGAUUAUUUACCUAUUGCCAGUGCUAAAGAAGAGGAAGCGACUCGUGUCUUGCAAUUAAUGAACAUGGUGACACCUGAAGAGUUGGAAGAUGAUGAUGAAUAUCAGGAUAUCUGGGAUGAUAUUGCAGAGGAAUGCUCAAAGUUUGGUAAAAUCAUAGAUAUGAAGAUUCCAAGACCUAACAAAAACGAACAAGUUCCUGGUUGUGGACUGAUUUUUGUAAGAUAUGAAACUACUGAUCAAACCUUAGAAGCAUUACGUGCUCUUGCUGGUCGUAAAUUUGCCGAUAGAACUGUAGUAGCUACAUUUAUUGAUGAGGACAAUUAUUUAGCUGAUAACUUUUAAAAAAAAAAAAAAAAAAAAAAAAGGAAGAA